GUGUGUCAGAGUGUGAAUUCAGCACACAGGAAAAGGUAGCAGAUACUCAUCAUCUCUCUCAUUUGGUGUCUCGUCUCUGCACCAUGUUCCAUCUGCUGAAGAACAAGAAGCUUCUAAUUUUCUUGUUCUUCUACCUGUGCUCUGUUCCACAAGUGGGCUGUAAUGAUGUUCUCCAUGUGAAUGGAAUGGCAGGAAGGAAUCACACAGUAAAAUUCACGCUAAAGAGCACAGUUCAAACCAUCGAGCAGGUGAACUUGUACCAAGAUGGCACAAAGAUUCACACGUUCAUCCUAUCCAACAGAUCCUGCUUUUCAUGUUUAAAUCACACACUGUCUACGAUCUGCAUCAGAAACGUGUCCCAAAAACACAUCUGUCUGAUCUUCACACAUCUAAUACACAAUGGAGUGUAUUACCUUGCUGUGUUCAAGCCGACCUACGAACCUGUAGAAAGCAACAGAGUGAACUUGACUGUACACCCUGCUGAGUACACAACAUACACCACAGCUUCCUCAUUCAAUAUCACAUCCUUCCAGCAGGAACAAUCAGAAAAAAAGUCCACCCUGUUGAUGGUUGUUCCAAUGCUGUUUACAGUCAUGAUGUUGGUAAUCGUUUUGCUCUGCUUCUUUUACUGGAACUACAGGAAGAAAACAGACAAAACUCCUGCUGUGAACUCCACAUCUGCACCACAGGAGAUUCCUGUUCCUAAUGUCACCUGUGUUGAGUAUUGUGUUCUGGACUUUCCAAACCGACCUGGAGAGAAAGUGAGGAGCACAGAGGAGCGAGUGGAGUACUCACCCAUUGUAUUUCCUACAAAAAAACCAUUACCACAAGACAAUGAACUAAAACCAACGACACAACAAAAGAAAAUAAAAAAAUCACCAAAACUGCAGCAUGAGGAGAAAGAUACAGAUAAAAUGUCUGAGAAAGCAAAAACAUCAAAACCUAAACAUCAGAAAUGUCAGAAAAAAACACACCUAAAGACACCCUGUCAAGGUCCAGGCAAAAGCACAACAUAGAAUAGAGUUAAAUAUACUGUAUGCAAUUUAAUUAUUUAAUAUAACAACUUUAUUCUAACCAUGUAUAAGGACUCGUGAAUCUUCAGGUGCUUUGUAUAUAAGGGUCAGUUAUUACAGUUUCAAUAAUCAAGCCUACAAGAAGAAGCAAACAUCCCCUGGUUCACUUCCAUUCCAAAUCUGCAAAAACAUCCAGCUGCUGAGAAAAUGCACAGAGCGUAAGGGUGAACAAGUAGAGCAUAUGUUGUAAAUAACAAAUAGAAUUUAUAAGUAUAUAUAUAUAUAUAUAAGUAUUAUUGCAGUGUUCAUAUAUCAGUUUGCUGACAUAUUAAAUCUAAAAUCUUUAUAUAAGCACUUAUCAGUUAUUCUGUUUCUGUGCAUUUCAUCUUGUCCGCCUCUUCAUAAGAGCUGUAAAUCUUCUUUUACACGGUAUAAUGUUUAGAUUAAACAGACGGGAUCGACAUGGCCGUAGACUCUAGGAAUAAAACUUGCUCAGAAUGCUUUCUUGCACUUGACGUAUGGAGAUGUUACACACUUUUUAGUGUUUAAGGAAAGUGGACAAGGGAAAGUUAUGAAUACUAUUGAAACACAAAGAGAUGAUUGGUGUGAAAAUACAGAGAGAAGGUAUGUGUGCUAUUGGGAGAAAUUUUACUGUUUAAAUACAGCACACACAACAGUACAGUUAAGAAAACAACAGUGUGUGUCUGUGUGUCUGUCUGUGUGUUAAACACUAUUGAAGUGUAAGACACCAGUGUUACUUAGGUGACAACCACAUACACCAUGGUGUGAAAUCCCCCUCCGCACACACAUGCACACACACUCACAAACACGCAUACACGCACAAUGCUACUGUGGUAAAUUGAAGUAUAAUUGCAGUAACUAUACAAGGCGUCUGAAAAGUCAGCAACCAAUGGGAAUAUGUUGAGCAAAUAUGUCCAGUUAAAUCUGCAAAAACAUGAUACAGCUGCUCAGAAAGUGAGUAUAGUGUAAGAUUGAAGACAUAGAGCAUGCCAAUCUUGUAAGUAAAAUUCUAAAAUGAAGUGUAUGUAGUUUUGUUCUCCUUAGUUCCUGACAUUUCAGACACUUUUUGUAAUAUAUACUCUAAAAACCACAGAAUCAUAUUGCAGUGGUGAUAUACAGUAUCAGUGAUUAUAUAGCUUUUGUGUGUCUCAUUUGUUAUUGUGUACCUGUGCACCAAUGAAAUCUUUCUCACAAUUAACCUAAAAAUAUUGAGAAUGUUUCUCAACAUUCUGACUUUGUCUUUGAUAUGUUGAAGCCGGUUGUAUAUUCUCAUAGAGUGUGUGCAGAUUUACAUUUAUCUCAUGAAGAGAACACUCUUAUUGAAUCUUCAUAUCAUUAUGUUGAGAAACCUUAUCGUUAGUAGAACCAAAUAAACAGUUUUAUUCUAACUUUGUAUGCUACUAAAAGUAUUUUAUAACAUCUUAAUCAAUGAUUAAUGAAUUAAAAUUGAACAAUUUUGUUUGUUUUAAUAUAUGACAGUGAAAUUCAUGUUAUUGUAGAGUAAAUCUCCUCAUGGUCCUUUAAUGUACAUUUAUAUACAGAACAUAUAAUAAACACUAUAGUGAAAUAUUUUCCAUACCAUCAGUGUAAUGUUGUGUUUUUAUCAUAUACUCAGUGUUAUUAUCUAUUCAGAUACAGACGUUUGUAAGUGUGUGUGUGUGUGUGUGUGUGUGUGUGUGU